AUGGCUGAGCAGACUAACAUCUUCACCACCGGCGCCCCUGCCCCCGUCGGUCCCUACUCCCAGGCCGUCAAGACCCCCAACGCCAUCUACUGCUCUGGUGCCAUCCCCCUCACUGCUGACGGUACUAUCGUCGAGGGUUCCAUUGCCGACAAGACCCGCCAGUGCUGCCAGAACCUCGAUGCCGUCCUCAAGGAGGCUGGUUCUUCCAUCCCCAAGGUCGUCAAGACCAUGAUCUUCAUCUCCGACAUGGCUCACUUCGCCGAGAUGAACGGCGAGUACGAGAAGUGGUUCGCCCACAAGCCCGCUCGCAGCUGUGUCGCCGUCAAGACCCUCCCCAAGAACGUCGACGUCGAGAUCGAGUGCAUCGCUCUCCCUUAA